AAUCAUAUAAACAUUGCAUUUAACUCUAUAUACCAGUAAGUCAUGUAUGUAUUUACUAUACUCGCAGUUAAUCUAUUUAUUGGUGUUUCAUUGCAAACACCGACUAAAUACCAAAAUGUGAACCAAAUGAUUGAAUACAUUAAUAGUGUUCAAAAUGAAUGGAUUGCCGAUAAAACAUUUGAUGAUAAUUAUAAACUUUCAGACCUUAAAGUUAAGUUAAGUACUUUACCGGUGAAGAAAGGAGUUUUGCAGAUUAAACCAAAGAGUGAAUAUCCAAACAUAGAUAUUCCCAAAUCGUUUGAUUCAAGACACCAAUGGCCAGAAUGUCAGUCUAUUAAAGAGAUCAGAGAUCAGGGAAAUUGCGGCUCGUGUUGGGCUUUUGCAGUGGUGGAGGCCAUCUCUGACCGAAUAUGUAUUGCAUCAAAAAGCAAACAACAGGUUGAGAUAUCAGCUGAAAAUCUGGUGGCCUGUUGUACUUCAUGUGGUGAUGGAUGUCACGGUGGUUUUGAAGACGCCGCCUGGCAAUACUAUGUCAAACACGGCUUAGUAACCGGUGGUCUUUACAAUAGUCAUAAGGGUUGUCAACCUUAUUCAUUAGCCGCGUGCGAACACCACACAACUGGUCAUUAUCCACCGUGCGGUAAGACGAUGGACCCGACACCUAAAUGCCAUCAAAAGUGUGCCACCGGUUAUAAUGUCAGUUAUACUCAUGACCUACACUUUGGAAGCAAAGCAUAUGAUGUUGACAGUGAUGUUGAAGCCAUUCAAACGGAAAUCAUGACUAACGGACCCGUUAGCGCAGGUUUUAGUGUUUAUGAAGACUUUUUGACUUAUAAGUCAGGAGUCUAUCAUCACGUAACGGGUAGUGGAGUCGGAGGUCACGCCGUUAAGGUCAUUGGUUGGGGCGUUGAAAACGGUGUCGACUACUGGCUUGUGGCCAACUCGUGGAAUGAAGACUGGGGUGACAAAGGACUCUUCAAGAUUAAAAGGGGUACCAAUGAGUGCAACUUUGAGAGCGGCAUAUCUGCUGGAUUACCUAAACUUAACUAAUAAAUAAAUACUGUAUAUAUUUUACAUUAUUUUUAAAUAAUACUAUAU